AUGGAAAUCGAGGGCAUUACAAAUGCACAUCGGCGUCUUUUGCUGCGGCAUUUGCGUUUGUUUAAUCAUGGGCUCUGGCCGGAGAAUUCCUACAGCGACUAUAUGCAGCGAUUCCAGGCAGCUCCACUCAAGAGAGAAGGAAUGCCUUGGACAGAAGAAGAAGACAAACAGCUGCUGCAGUUGGCAGAGAAAUACGACGCCAACUUUGGCGACCCGUGGCUUUACUUGAGCUGGGAACUGCAAAGAGAUUCUCAAGAUGUUCAUAAGAGAUAUAUUUCUCUUGUUGUGGAGCCUCGGGACGCGAAGCGGCGUUGCGAGUUCACUCUCACGAAGUGUUUAAAACCUCUUUUCUUUUCUCGCCAUUUCAAACUUUUGCCUUCUUUUCUUUUUUUAGUUCCCAAAACCCUCAACAGCUCCCCUGACAAACCCUUGGAGGUUCCCGCGCCCUUCCGCGCCCUCUGA